AUGGGCGGAGGGAAGAAAGCCCGCAACUCCUCCGUUGCACCGAUCUUCAGGCAGAAGCCUGAACAACAGCGGGCGCCAUCUUUGGAGCCCCUCCCGUCGGACUCAGACUCCGAAAUGAGCAGCCAGGCACCCUCGGAGAGGACGGAGGCACCGCUGACGAGGAGGGACAUGCAGGGCUUCCUGGCUGACUUCAAACAAUCUGUGGCCGAAGAACUGGACAAACGUAUUUGCCCCAUACUAGAAGGUAUGGCAGACCUGUCAGCCCGUGCACAGGCCGCAGAGGCCAAAAUGGCGGACACAGAGGAGAUCGUGCAGGCCCAUGGCAGUGAAAUACUGCACCUGAGAGAUCAAUUACGCUCCCUCGAAGACACCAACGAAGACCUAAAUAACAGAACACGUAGGAACAAUAUCAGGGUCAGGGGCGUCCCUGAAUCGGUGUCGCCCGACCUACUCACUGACACCCUCACGGAGGCAUUUCAACACCUCCUACCGGAGGCUACAACAGCUGACCUACUGAUGGACCGGGCACACCGAGCCCUCAGAGCCCCAAGCACCAACGCUGCCGUACCCAGGGACAUAGUGGUGCGCCUCCACUUCUAUCACAUCAAGGAGCGCAUAAUGCGCGCAGCCAGGGAUACCCCCAUCGAGGUAGAGGGAGCGCCAGUACAACUAUAUCAAGACCUGGCUCCCACCACCUUGAAACGCCGAAGAGAACUACGCCCACUCACACAACACCUAAGCAGCCACGGCCUCCGCUACGCGUGGGGUCACCCUUUCAAAAUAAUUAUACGCAAAGAUGGCAGGUUCCACUCCCUCACAAGACCGGAAGAAAUCCCUGCGCUUCUGACCCAGCUGAACUUACCGCAAAUCCCAGAAACACCUCACUCCAACGCCGAAUCCUCAGCACGACAACCACCGAGCAAUAACCCGCCCGCCAGGACCGGUGACCGUCCCCAUCGCAACACGGCACUGCAGAAUCCAGGCGCAACACGUUAGGAGAACCUGAGGGUUGGGGGGACGGUGGCGCUGACACAUCUAUCCGACCCCGCGUCCCCUACACCCCACUCUCACCCCAGCUUGCCUUGUCUCACCGGCUCCCCUAUGCCCCGCCGGACCCACCAACAGCCAGCGACAAGCACAGACAUAUUAUACAGUUGCAUCGCUGCACAGAAGGCGCUCAAUCCGGAUCCGGGGAAACCAGCACCACUUAGACCACUCAGACAGCACAGAACGACCCUGA